GUAGUAUGAUUCGUAAUUUUGCUGGCCGGCAGAGGAGGCGUUGUCCCACACUAAACGUCACCUUCAUUUAAUGCAGAAGCCGGCUAUCCUGGAAAAGGACAAAGGUUUCCCAGUCCUGUAACACUUACUGAAAACCAGUUAAUAUCAGAGAUUUGACUUUGCUGUUUGUGCUGAAAGUGCUUGUAAAUAGGGCUGUAUAAAAUGAUGAAGAACGGGCAUCAUGUGAGCAGCGCUCCGGCCUCCGCAGACUGCAGUCCGGAAAAGAGGAGGCGUACUGUCCGCGUCUGGUGCGAUGGAUGCUAUGACAUGGUCCAUUAUGGUCAUUCCAACCAACUUCGACAAGCCAAGGCUAUGGGGGACUAUCUCAUUGUGGGAGUGCAUACUGACGAGGAGAUCUCUAAGCACAAAGGUCCUCCAGUGUUCACCCAAGCUGAGAGAUAUAAGAUGGUGCGAGCAAUCAAGUGGGUCGAUGAGAUCGUGGAAGGAGCUCCAUAUGUUACUACGCUUGAGACUCUGGACAAAUAUUGUUGCGAUUUCUGUGUUCAUGGAGAUGACAUCACUCUCACUGUGGAUGGGAAAGACACAUAUGACGAAGUGAAGAAGUCGGGCAGGUACAGAGAGUGCAAGAGAACCCAAGGUGUGUCCACUACAGACCUGGUCGGUCGCAUGCUGCUUAUGACCAAAGCUCAUCACAGCAACAUGGGCAGAUCAGACUAUCAACAACACACAGACAAUUUUGGAAGAGGUCCUAAAGGCCACAGUCCCUGGACAGGAGUGUCACAGUUCCUGCAGACGUCCCAAAAAAUCAUCCAGUUUGCCUCAGGAAAGGAACCACAGCCAGGAGACACAAUCAUCUAUGUGGCUGGAGCUUUUGACCUAUUUCAUAUUGGCCAUGUGGAUUUCCUGGAUGCAGUGUCCCAGCUUUCAGAAAAGCCAUAUGUUAUUGUUGGCUUGCACUUUGAUCAGGAGGUGAAUCGUUACAAGGGGAAAAACUAUCCAAUAAUGAACAUCCAUGAGAGGACUCUGAGUGUGCUGGCCUGUCGAUAUGUCUCUGAGGUUGUUAUAGGAGCACCCUAUGCUGUCACAAAAGACUUAUUGGACCAUUUCAAGGUAGACCUGGUGUGCCAUGGAAAAACUGAAGUGUUUCCAGACAGAGAUGGAUCAGACCCAUAUGCUGUACCCAGGAAAAUGGGAAUAUUGCGAACAGUGGAUAGUGGAAACAGUCUUACCACUGAUGUCAUUGUGCAGAGGAUCAUCAAAAACAGGCUGCUGUUUGAGGCCAGAAACCAGAAAAAAGAGGCCAAAGAGAUGGCGGUAAUCCAGGCCAUGAAGCGACGAGAAGAAGACAAGGCUAAAGAGAGAGCGCAGGCUGUGCUGUAGGGAAGAAAAAAAGUUCAUCAGAGACUAACAAAACCCAGUACAUGCAGUUGACUUUUUUCUAAUGUGUCCAGAUUUUGGACUUACAUACCGUCAGAAUACCAGCAGCUGAGAGCUCCUUUUAUUGACGAAUUAGCAUGUGUUGUCUUGGGAGCAUCUGCUUUUGUGAACCACUCUCGCACUCUCCACCUGAAGGACCAAUUCAACAUUUCUUGAAGGCAGUGGGCCAUUUCCAUCAGAUCUGUUUACUAAGUAAAGAAGUAGGCUGGAACUUGUCCUGCACUUUGCUGUGUGCAGGAUGUUGCCACUCUGGUGACCAACAUGACCUACGUGGCCUUUACCUCCACAUGUAACUCCAGAGUUAUUCUAACCUUUGCUUGGAAAUCAACACUCCUGAAGAUCUGAAUUCAUCAGAAAAGCACUACAGUCUGCUGUCCUAAAACACUGUAUUAAUUAUAAAGAUUUAAUAUUUAUCUGUCAUUAUUAAUGGCUAAUCCUCAUAUGAAGUAUUUUUCAUUGUAAUAUACAACAAAGUGAAUCGUUCUAUUAAAAAUAUAUGAAAAUAAUAGUUAAGAUAUGGUGUUCAUCAAACUUGCAUUUUAAUAUGUUUUUUUUUAUGUUUAUGUUUUUGUUUAUUAUAGUUUUUGAACUUAACCAUUAUAACUAGUCAAAAGGAUAUACUAUAUUUCAGGAAGUUUUUGUUAAAAGUUCCCAAGGGUAUAGUUCACAAAAAAAUAAAUAAAUAAAUAUUCACUCAUGGUAUUCCACUCAAAAGUACCAUAAAAGUUGAUAUGUCUUGUACUUUAUUUUCCCAAACUUCUUCUGUUAAACAAGAAUUUUGUGUGAGAAAACAGCAUGAAAUGUUAGUCUUAUUUACUGCUAACGUUUACUGCCACAGUUCUCAAAAUUUAUUGUGGAAAAAUUAAUUUAAACUUGCUAACCUGUUGUCAGGAUCAGCAGGUGAAAAUGUCACGUUCAUUAUUCACUUUUGUUUUGGGGAAAAUAUCACUUCACCCUGUCUGCCUAACAUAUCCUGUAAUUCACAGAAGAAUUUGAAUAUUGAUUUAAAAGUACAUGCUAAUUUUGUUUUGUGGUGAAAUACUUCCUUUAGGGUUUAAAGAGGUUUAAAGUUUCUGUUUUAAAUGUAUUAAAAAUUAAAUUAUACUACAUCUAGUUCUUAGAGUGAACAUGCUGAUCAAGAGUUAGUUCCUUGUUUUCUAUUUUAUUUAGAAUGAUUUUGGAAGGCAAUUUGAGAUCAGCAUGUUAAGCUGAGCCACGUUAUACACGAAGACAGACAUACACUCCUUUACAAGUCUGCAUACAGUUUUGAGUUUGUUUCUUAUGAAGGUGUGUACACCAUACCCAAAAUUACUUGUGCAGAAUGAGUAACCAAUUAUAGCCACAAUAGGUCUUCCUAUCAGUGGAAAUAUGUGUAAAAUUCAUAGAAACCACAAUGGACUGAAACCAACUCAACCUGUUUUGAUGUGCUGUGAUAUAUAAAGUGUAUAAACCUCAAUCAUGGAACCAACUACUGUCUAAAUAUAAUGGUUUCAGGGAUUAUAUUAUUUUAAGUCAACACUGAACUGACUUACAUUGUUUUGUUUUCAUGUACAAUUUUUAAUUAUAUUAAAAUAUAAAAGUUUUUUUUUUUUUUUUUUUUUUUAA